AUGGGGGUCUGUGGGUACCUGUUCCUGCCCUGGAAGUGCCUCGUGGUCGUGUCUCUCAGGCUGCUGUUCCUUGUACCCACAGGAGUGCCCGUGCGCAGCGGAGAUGCCACCUUCCCCAAAGCGAUGGACAACGUGACGGUCCGGCAGGGGGAGAGCGCCACCCUCAGGUGUACCAUAGAUGACCGGGUUACCAGGGUGGCCUGGCUCAACCGCAGUACAAUUCUCUAUGCUGGAAAUGACAAGUGGUCCAUAGACCCUCGUGUCAUCAUCCUGGUCAACACACCAACCCAGUACAGCAUCAUGAUCCAAAACGUGGAUGUGUAUGAUGAAGGUCCAUAUACCUGCUCUGUGCAGACUGACAAUCACCCCAAGACUUCUCGGGUCCAUCUCAUAGUGCAAGUUCCUCCCCAGAUCAUGAAUAUCUCCUCAGACAUCACAGUGAAUGAAGGAAGCAGCGUGACCCUGCUGUGUCUGGCCAUUGGCAGACCAGAGCCAACUGUGACGUGGAGACACCUGUCAGUCAAGGGCCAGGGCUUUGUGAGUGAGGAUGAAUAUCUGGAAAUCUCUGAUAUCAAACGUGACCAAUCGGGGGAGUACGAAUGCAGUGCUCUGAACGAUGUCGCUGCACCAGAUGUGCGGAAAGUAAAAAUCACCGUAAACUAUCCUCCCUAUAUCUCCAAAGCCAAGAACACUGGUGUGUCAGUAGGCCAGAAAGGCAUCUUGAGCUGUGAAGCCUCUGCUGUUCCCAUGGCCGAAUUUCAGUGGUUCAAAGAGGACACAAGGUUAGCCACUGGCCUGGACGGAGUAAGGAUUGAGAACAAGGGCCGUAUAUCCACUCUGACUUUCUUCAACGUCUCAGAGAAGGAUUAUGGGAACUAUACCUGCGUGGCUACAAACAAGCUUGGAAAUACCAAUGCCAGCAUCACACUGUAUGGGCCUGGAGCAGUCAUUGAUGGUGUAAACUCGGCCUCUAGAGCACUGGCUUGUCUCUGGCUCUCAGGGACCCUCUUUGCCCACUUCUUCAUCAAGUUUUGAUAAGAAAUCCUAGGUCCUCUGAGCAACGCCUGCUUCUCCAUAUCACAGACUUUAAUCUACACUGCAGAGGGGAAACUAGUUUGGGAUUCUUUUCAUUGUUCAUUUUUUCACCUCCUUGAUUUUUCUUUUUAAGUUUAUGAUUUGACUAUUUUCCAGUU